UGUGUUUUGUAAAAAGUAAAAAUUAUUACUUUCAAUUGAAAUAAUAAAUUUAUUAAUAUAUAGAAGGGUUUUCAAAUAUUUUAUACGAAAAAAAAAAAAUUAAACACUAAAAGAAAUAAAAGUAAAAAUGACAGAAUCAAAAAAUACUGCAAAAGUGACCACACCAACUGGACAAAAUAAAAAAAUUGUAUAUUUUGCUGUCGGACCCAAAUCAAAUUCUGUUCAUUGUCCAUUUUGUGAUAAAAAUGGUGAAACAAUUGUUAGUGAAAAAGUUGACUCUUGGGAAAGUGUUAACAGUUGUUUGCAAUUAACAUUAUGUUGUUGCCCUAUAAUAUUUAUUUCGGCUUUGGCAUAUUUAGUACCAUGUUUUAAAAUACGUCAACAUUACUGUUCAAAAUGUGGUGAAUAUUUAGGAACAUACAGAAGACCAAAAUUAUAA